GCCCAUAGGAACCUCACAGGUGCAGAGAGGCUUGCGCUGCCUGGCAGCCACUGCUCUGCUCCCCCGGACUCUCUGCUGUUGUCAAGUGCGACCGAACAUGAACGAUUCUGGUGGUCCACUCCAAGAGGUUUUUUGAGUGGUUCUUCCGAGUUCAUUUUCGAUUUGAAUCGCUAUGAGUCAGGAGGAGGAGAGGCGGUUGAAGGAAUUUAUCCCCCUACAUGCAGCUGAGGGAGAGUGGGACAGGUCAGGACACGGCGCAGAAUGAGCUCACGCCAGCAGAGGGGUGAGUGGAGCGAAGCGCAGAGAUACCAGCUGUAGAGUGGGAGACGUCCACCGCAGAGGGAUUGAGAAGCUGGAGCUGGCGAGCUCUUCUCAGAUGGGACGGGUUGCUGGACGGAGGCCUUAACUGUUCCUGUGUCUUCACCCCUGGAGCUCAGAUCCAGGUGACAACAGAGAAUAUACCAGUCCCUUUGGAGCUGUGGCUUCUGAUUACACUUCAUUCCAAAGUUCUGCUGUCUCCCAGGGCGACAGGACUCGUGAACGUCUGGAGUGUCCUUGUUUCUCCGACCUGUGUAGAUGUGGGGGGGUUUGGUUGGCGCUAUAAGAACUGAAACAAAGGCUGAAAUGGAUUUAUGACUCAUCAGCAUGGGAGAGCAGCUAUCUGGAAGCAUCUAGAAGCCAAUAAAGCUGACAUUAGAUGCAGAUCAUUGCUGACGAAGGAGGUGAUCGUGUGAGCGAUGGAAUAACUCACUAACUCAUCUCAAGCAAGCGCAAGAAAACACACAGAAAUUACCACAAGCAAAAAACACAACUAACCGGUGCUCGCGCCGGGCUCGUGCCUGUGCCUGCCCCCCCUGGACAUGUUCCGGCGGAAGAAGAAGCGCAGGAGGCCCGAGAUCUCGGCCCCGCGGGACUUCCAGCACCGCGUGCACACCUCCUACGACCCGGCGCAGGGCUGCUACCUGGGGCUGCCGCCGCAGUGGCAGAGCCUCAUCGACACCCUCAAGAGGCCCAAGCCCGUGGUGGACCCCUCCACCAUCACACGCGUGGAGCCCGUCCCCAGGAAGACCAUUGUGCGCGGGAGCUUCAUCGGUCAUGGCGACUACAUCUCCGCCGCCCUCAACCAGAUGGCCCGCCUCUCCGUCUCCAGCUCCAACUCGCUGCGCCGCACCAGCCCGUCGCUACGGCAACGCGCCAAGUCCAUGGGCCGCAUCGGUGAGGUCACCGAGGGCGACGGCUACCACUACGAGGAGAUGAACGCCGAGGCCCUGGCCCGGGCGGGUCAGACGAGCCCGUCGGGCGCCUGGCAGGAGAGGGUUCCGAACGCGCGCAGCGAGACAGGCAGCCCGUUGGCGCCUGGCAGGACCGCUGCCACUCUGCAGCCCAAUGGCGUCGCCCCGCGCGCAAAGUCUGUGCACGAGAUGAGUCUUGACCCCAUCGCCCGCCCCAGGGGCACGCCAAGGGGUGCUGCGUCUCCACCCAAGGCCCUCAGAGGCGGGGAGAUGGGGCACUACGCCCGCAGCGAAGCACCCCGCGCUCAGCCAAACAACAUGGCUCAAAGAAGUAGCGCAACCAAUCAGAGGCCUGCUUCGCUUUUCCUGAACCACCCACCCUCCAAUCACACGCCUACUAAGGUUAACCUCAGUCCCAAGCUGGAUGGCAUCUCCAUGGAAACCCCAAGGAGGCCUCACUCGACUUAUGACUUCAAGACAAACUCUAUGGGCUAUGCGGCCGUCUCUCGGCCCAACGGCACCAGCACCCCAAAGUCUGCCCUCCGAUCGUCCCUCCAGCCGGCCUCGCCACCGUUCUCUAGUGUGUCCAUGGGGCAACCUACAGGCCGGAGCGACACUACACCUCUCCCUAAGUUCUCCAGCCACCUCCAGGGCCCCAGGGAGGAGGGCCAGCGUUCCUCCCCAGCAGGAGCUCCAUCUACUGGGCCAGCGGGUCCCGGGUCCCCCUGCCUCCGUCCACCCAAAACGCCGUCCCCGUCCCCCGAUCAUGAGCCACCCAAGGUGACCCACGACCAGUUCAAGGCGGCGCUGCAGAUGGUCGUGGACAAGGGUGACCCGCGCGCCUACCUGGAGAACUUUGUCAAGAUCGGCGAAGGCUCGACCGGUGUGGUGUGUAUCGCUCGGGAGAGGCACACAGGUCGACAGGUUGCCGUGAAGAUGAUGGACUUGCGCAAGCAGCAGAGGAGGGAAUUGCUCUUUAAUGAGGUUGUGAUCAUGAGAGACUACAGGCACAAGAACGUGGUGGAGAUGUUCAAGAGUGCGCUGGUGGAGGAGGAGCUGUGGGUGGUCAUGGAGUACCUGCAGGGCGGCGCUCUCACCAACAUCGUCUCAGAAACCAGGUUAAAUGAGGAGCAGAUCGCCACCGUGUGUGAGGCAGUUCUUCAGGCGCUGGCCUAUCUGCACUCUCAAGGGGUUAUCCACAGAGACAUCAAGAGUGACUCCAUUCUCCUGACCGUAGACGGCAGGAUAAAGCUGUCAGACUUUGGCUUCUGUGCUCAGAUCAGUAAGGACAUCCCCAAGAGGAAGUCCUUGGUGGGGACACCAUAUUGGAUGGCACCAGAGGUCGUUUCCAAGACGCCGUACGGCACUGAGGUGGAUAUCUGGUCCUUGGGCAUCAUGGUGGUGGAGAUGGUGGAUGGGGAGCCACCGUACUUCAGCGAGACGCCCGUCACCGCCAUGAAGAAACUGAGGGACGAACCCGCACCCACUGUCAGGAACACACACAAGGUCUCCCCAGUGCUGAGGGACUUUUUGGGCUCGAUGUUGACCCGGGACCCCAAGGAGCGGGCCAGUGCUGCGGACCUCCUCCAGCACCCGUUCCUCCUGCAGUGCGGCUCACCCCGAUGCCUGGUGCCCCUCGUGGAGCAGUUUCGCAAGAGGAUGUCCCUCUGCUGAGGAAUACUUGCCCCUGCUGAGACUUAUUUAUUAGCCUCUUCUGGGAUCACAUUUAGCCAUCCUGAGGCAUGUCUGCUGCCCUCGGGGCAGGUUUGCCUUUCUUGAUGCACAUUUACCCCUGCUGAGGGCUAUUUGCCCCACCUGAAGCACGUUUGCCUCUGCUGAUGCACGUUUUUGUUCCUCAUGUCUGUGAGGGCAUAUGUUGAGCCCCUAUGGAGCAGAAGCACACGUCAAGGGACCAUGACAAACACUGCUUACAGUAUACUGAGGUGUGUGUGUGUGUGUGUGUGUGUGUGUGUGUGUGUGUGUGUGUGUGUGUGUGUCUAAACACUGUGCUUACACUGAGGCGUGUGUGUGUUUGUGUGUGUGUGUAUGUGUGUGUGUGUGUGUGUGUGUGCACACGCGCGCAAGAGAGAGAGACAGAUAGAGAGAGAGAGAGAGUACAGUAUAUGUUUAGACAGCUCAGUCUCAGCUCAUUACAAUAUAUUACAUUACAUUUGGCUGACGCUUUUAAACCAAAGCGACUUACAACAUGGUAAAAAUCAUUUAACUGUGAAGGAGGUGUGUGUGUGUGCGUGUGUGCGUGUGUGUGUGUGUGUGCGUGUGUAGGCUACUGUAUAUGUGAGUUUGAAAGUGCCAAGGGGAGUUGAAAAGAAAGUGUGUUACUAAAGAAAGACCAUUCACUCCUCUAGGAAACUGGCUUUAGGUACACUUGGUGACUAAGCACUUAAAGAGGGCAUCUUCAGUGAGCGCACCAGCACCACUACACAUCUCAUGAACUGCAGAUCAAACUCCCUCUGCUAUGAAAGAUGGUGAACAAAAGCAGAGGAGUGUGAGACCCCCAAUGGAUUAAAAUGUGACUGCCAUCUUAGCAGUAACUUACAGUAGUGGUAGCUAGAGUGACUUUGCCAUCCCAGCUGUGUUCUGAAAUGGUAGGAAAGCCACAGAGAUUGGACAAAGUUGUGAGGGCCAUGCGUAACUGUACCCUGGAAUGGUUUAUAGCCACAGUGAAUGGGUUAAAAUGUAACCGCCGUAUCCUGGAGUGAUAAGUGAUCACCGUGAAUGAAUUAAACUGUGAGGUCAGUCCCUGCUGUAUUCCGGAGUGGUAGGUAGUCACACUGUAUUAUCUGCUUCAAUAAAGAGCCGUGCUGGGUGUUUGUUUGACUGUGGCUGUGGACUGGACUCUGGAGACUAGACUUUACUAGUCCAAAUCCACAUUUAGGGCUGGCCCUUGAUAUGGCGUCAGUUUGAUUACAAUUUCAUUUUUAUCUGUAACUUCUUAAAUAUCACGUUUCUAUUUGUUUUAUCUACUGUUUUGAUUUAAAACAAAGCAAAACAAAAAUCAGACAAUGAUUUUGUGCAAUGUUGGUGUGUAUGUGUGUGUGUGUGUGCAUGGAUAGGGGUAUGCUGUAAAUAAAAUGUGUUAUAUUUAUUUUUUAAAUAAAUUGGCAUGUGUCAAGCAAGA